UACACCGAGACACCAGUGAACCACAAGCAUGCAGAAAGCAGAACAACAACAGACCUCUGCAAUCUCUUCAAGACCUCUGCAAUCUCUGCCAAGGAGAAGAUGAGCGAUAGCAACGGGCCAGAGACGGAUCCCUACCACUAUCAUGAGGUCCCGAUCAGUGAGACUGAUUUGCAAGCUCCAGUUAGAUCGAGAGUGUUGCUGUCUUCCACCAUGAUGAGUGCAGAGAUGGUACUGGCUGCAAGUGGUAGUAGUCCCAGAAGCGAUGGUCAUCUCCAGUCAGAGCAGCCACAACCAACGGGAAGCGCAGAGCCGCGGGAUAUCGGAGUGAACGGACCUUCCAGUAUAUCAACCUCCAUCACUACUGUUCCGGAAUUGGCAGCCUUGAAGAAGUUUCCUCAGGAACAGCGAGAAAACAAUAAGGAAACUGCCUUGAUUGCAUCACCCAAGAAAAGUCUCACAGACUUCAAGUCAUCGACAACGAUCGUCUCGUCCAUCCUGUCCAAGAAAGUGGGUGCUCUCACGAAGGAAGCAGCCAAAAUGAAAAACCUGAACCUCAUGGAAGCUGUUCAGGUAGUGGCUAAUUAUAUACCCGUGGUGGGGGGUAACUCUUCCAAUCUACGAGCUUCCAGGGUCAGACUGACACGACAACCCAUGGACACUGUAGACGCUGAUGAAUUAGCAGACAGUCCAUUGCAUAAAGCAUGUGCUUUAUCAGCAACGACAUCGCUCUCUUCCUCCACGAGCAUACAGGGAGGAGACUUGGCUACCAUCAAGCGUUUGGUGGCAGAGGAUCCAUCCAGAUUGCAUUACCAACUACCCAGCUCGGGAGAUUCUCCUUUGCACAUUGCCAUCAAGUUUGGAGCCAUGCAAUGGUUGCAGAUACAGGAUUUUCCCGGGGGUGGUGGCACUAGCAACUUGGCCGUGGUGGAAUAUCUCAUCAAGGCUGAUAUUGAUUACCUUCGCCGCGAGGCUGUGAAGAAGCAAAAGGCUGCAGGCACAAGUGCACCGAUUGCCCUGGGCUCUCUUAUUUCAAAGACGGCACUAUACAAGAGAGACUUUUGCGGAAAGGAGCUGCCCCUGCAUAGUGCCGUUGUGGAAGGCUAUGAAGGGGCGGUCCGGGUGCUUUUGAAUGCGGACAAAGAUGCUGAUUAUGAUACAAUCUUGGCCAGAGAUGUCAACAGCAAUCUACCUCUUCAUCUUGCAGUCCACGGGGAUGAUAUCACGUUAGUGAAGCUUCUGUUAGAGGCAGAUGCAAAAAGAGAAGAAAUCCAUAUGAAAAGACGGCAAACAGUGGGUAGACUGCGGAGAGAACCCAAGAGGUUUCCGAGCGUGAUUGCACCGAAUGAUGCGGAGAACAUCCCAUUGCAUCUGUCGCUGUCCUCCGUGCAUAAGUUUGAAAUGUGGAGGCUCUUAUUGGAUGCCGACGAAACAAAGGAAACGUUGCAUGCCAAAAACCGGGAAGGGGUCACACCAUUUCGAUUCUUUGUGGAUCGGCCCCUCCUUUGCAAGGACGAGGAAGAGUUUGUUGACACUCAUCUAGCAGAAGCUAUUCUUGACCGGUUGCUGUCUGGAAAACGGCUAGAACCAUGGGAUGACCACCUAAAGCGCAGCGUGGCCAAGUCAAAGAGAAUGCAGGUUGCAAUGAAUGAAGCCGCCGCCAAUCGUCUACCUGUUGUCAUCUUCAUUGCUGAUUUGUAUUCACACAUAAUAAGCGCGGCGAUUCUCUGGGAGGGGACGCAGAACUACCUGCUGACAGAUGGCGCCAGGGAGCUUCCAUGGAUGGGAGAAACCUUGUUCGUCCUGUGCGCUUACUACCUCAUGCGAGAGCUUGUCCAACUUUACCUCACUCGGGAUCUGUACUGGGCUGAUUUUUGGAACUAUACAGACAUCGUCAGAAUUGGACUCUUAUUUGUGCUUGCCCUUAUAAUACACGGAAGCUACUACGAUCCAUACGACAAAGAAGAUUCAGAUGAAUACCUUGUACGGAGGAUGUUGCUAGCCAUGGCUGUCUUUGUAUACAUGGGGCUGGUGUCAUUCCUUAGAAUUACUUAUCUUCCCUUUGCACUUUUUGUUGGUGGGACUGGAGCUAUUGUGAGCACCUUGAUACCCUUCAUGGUUACUUUCAUAUUGAUGCUCGCUUUGUUUGCCUACGGCUGGUGGGUCGGAGGAUUCAAGUCUACUUAUACUGGAGAGGAACAAAGUUACUUGCAGUGGUUCUAUGAGAUAUUUUUGUCUGCAUUGAAUGGCCCCGAGAGCCUUGCGACGAUGGAACCCGCCUACAUCCACAAUGCAGCCUGGACCGUUCUUUUCAUGCUUCUUGUGCAGAUUUUCAUGCUGAAUGUGCUCAUUGCAGUCGUCACGUCAGCAUGGGACAAGGUUACCGAAAAGCAGACCACGGUGUUUUGGCAAUAUCGGCUGGAGUAUGCAGCUGGAGUUCUGCCCAUCGAAUACUUUUUCCGAAGAUAUUUAGGGAGCACGUGCGUGUACCGGUGGAUUGCAAAAUUGGGCGGGUUCAUUGAUUCGCUCGACGACAAGGGUUAUCGCGACCAUGUCAACUGGGACCUUUAUCCCUAUUCGUUGGUCAUGGACGAUAGUUCUCUCUACUGGGAAUCGAAUCAGUUUGUACAAAUGGUAUCAGAGGAGGUGAAGAAACAACAGAGGUCUCACAGGCCGCCGAUGCUGGAUGAUAGUCUUAGUCCACGGAGCCACAAACGGCAGGAGGAAGUGCUGGCUGAACAGCAAUCAAAGGCGUUGAAGAAAUGGAAACAGAUGCGAUCCUUCGAAAGCGACAUGAAAUUCUCGAGAUCAUUCUUUGAACGAGUCUGCACACGACUACGGGUGAUUCUCUUCUUUGUACUCUACGUUUUCUUUUUCUUUCUUGGUUUUAUCACAUUUGGGUUUUGGUGGCCUCGACGGGUGCGGUCGCUUUUCUGUGCCGGAGCUUUAACCAGUGAUGAGGAAGAUGACAUUGAAGAGAAGGAUUUUUCGGCAUCGGCGAUCUCGUUGCAACGUGCGGAUGCGGAUACUGCAAGUCAAGAAAGAUUCGAUUCUUUGGAAAACAAAGUUGACGACAUGAAGCAAACCAUUGAGUCCCUGCAACGGACCAUUGAGCAGUUGGUCAAGCUGCAGCAAUCAGCCAAAACACCUCAACCAUCGAGUGAGGAAUAGAACUUAGUAGCGGAAUGAUUGGGGAAUGAAGUGGAAAUGCAAGGAAAUGAUGACGUCGAAAAGUGCAACUGGGUGUUUUCGCGAGCACGUGAUGGGCAGUGUCUGCUACUAGGGCAUUGCCCAAGCAAUACAAUCCACUUCGAAGUGAAAGUCCAGGGGACUGGAAUGUGUUACAACAGAGAAGCUAUGGCUGAGAAUCUACUAUGUUUCAAGGCCAUUCGUCAAUGUUUGAGGCUUGGCUCAUCCAUCUGGGCUUUCAAAUGACGCUAGAGGGAUGGGACUUGUCAAAUUCUGACCCAUGGUGACCAAUCCGCCGCGAGCAGAAUCAUAAGUGAUGAACGUCUUUCAUCCUCUUGUGACGUUCAGUCUAUAGGCUUUGAAUCGAAUGAACGGUUCAAUCUACAUGUAUGUACAGUGCACCCACCGCAGAGCAGGAAUAGGAUUGCAUUUUCCAAAACUGCCAAGCCGGUCUCGCGGCACCGAUAUACUUGGUAGACGAACCAUGGGUACCUCAGACGGGGCGCAAGCGAACAGUGACAGGUCAAAACAUCACGUCUUUGAAGCUGCGUCCACCUCGACCGACACAAGUGGGUCCUGCUCCUUGCAAAGACACUUCGCUGAGAUAGGCCCAAAACCUGGACCUUGACCACUGGGAUCUACCAAACAGGCAACCAGAGUCUAGCUAGACCUAGCCCCGACACGACAACCCUCGCAAGUUCUUGCUCACCAAGCCCAGCAGAAAGAUCCAAUCAGCCCGCUGUGGAAUAAACUAAAUAAGCUGUACUGGUACCAAGCCCUUUGGCCCCCGAUCCCACGGAACCUACACUAGCUAGCUACUGUCCUGGAUUCCACUCUUCUUUGCCUUUUAAACUGGCCCUCGCUGGCUUCCAUACAUAACCUCCCCACUCUAAACU